CUUUUCACCAUUUAUUUCAAUUUGUCUGGUUAGCAUAGUUGUGGUAGGUAACCAGCUACCAUUGGAAACCCAUCUACAAUUAAGUCACACCUGAAAUCCUAGUGCCAUUUGUUUCUAACAACAGACACAGCCAGAGAUUCCAAGCCACGAACUACAAACAUGUCCUAUUUUAUUCUAUUUUAUCUUUUUAUAUGAAAAAGAAAAAAGAAUGCAUAGAAAAAAACAAUGAUUAAUAUAACAAGAUUUCAAGUUUCGUAGAGUGCAACAUGUUUUUUCAUGCAUAUAUAAAAACCAAACUAAGUCAUGAGUUACUUACUUCAGUCUUUACCCAAUUCAUGUGAUCCUCUUCUUCUUCUUCUUCUUCUUUUUCCUUUCUCUUGGUUCAAACAAAGAGGCCAAAAAAGACAUUUCAGGUCCAUUCUUGUUUGUCUUAUGGUUUUUAUAGAUUGUUGAAAAUCUCAUAAACAAUUAAUAAAUUGAUUAAUGAGUCAAAUGGAAGGUGGUGGUGGGGGGUUUGAUAAUGUAAAAGCUCCAUUGCUGUUAUCAAGUGUUGAAAGUGGGACUCCUAUUGAGAAUGGGAGAGUUCACAAGAGUAACUCUGUUACUACUCUUAAGUCUGAGUUUUUCUCUAAACUGCCUGAAAAGGUUCGUUCUGGGCUUGAUCCUGAGGCCCUUCUUAAUCUUGACUUUACUAAAACUACUGGUUUAUUAGAAGGGGAGAGAGAAUAUUAUGAGAAGCAAUUUGCUACACUCAGGUCCUUUGAAGAAGUUGACUCUCUACAAUCAUCCCAUGGCAAUAAUGAAGAGCAAGAUCUCCAAGAACAAGCCAAACAUGAGAGAGCAAUGAAUAUUUCCAAUUGGGCAAAUGUUUUUCUGCUAGCUUUCAAGAUAUAUGCUACAGUAAAGAGUGGAUCCAUAGCUAUUGCUGCAUCAACAUUGGAUUCUUUGUUAGAUCUUAUGGCUGGUGGUAUACUUUGGUUUACACACUUGUCCAUGAAGAACAUAAAUAUUUACCAGUAUCCCAUUGGAAAACUCAGAGUUCAACCAGUAGGAAUUGUUAUAUUUGCAGCUGUAAUGGCAACACUUGGCUUUCAAGUGCUCAUCCAGGCUUUACAACAACUAAUCAAAGACAUACCAUCUGAGAAAAUGACUUCAGAACAGUUGUUGUGGCUAUACACUAUCAUGCUUACAGCUACAGGAGUGAAACUUGUUCUUUGGAUGUAUUGUCGAAGCUCGGGCAACAAAAUCGUCCGCGCCUAUGCAAAGGACCAUUACUUUGAUGUUGUAACGAAUGUAAUUGGUUUGGUUGCUGCUGUUCUUGGUGACAAAUUCUACUGGUGGAUUGAUCCAGUUGGUGCCAUUGUUCUUGCAGUCUAUACUAUUACCAACUGGUCUGGCACUGUGCUGGAAAAUGCAGUGUCUCUGGUUGGGCAAUCAGCUCCACCAGAAGUCUUGCAGAAACUGACAUACCUUGUUCUUAGACAUCAUCCUCUAAUCAGACGUGUCGACACAGUCCGCGCAUACACCUUUGGUGUUCUGUACUUUGUAGAGGUUGACAUUGAACUUCCAGAAGAUUUGCCAUUGAUAGAAGCUCAUGCAAUUGGUGAAUCACUACAAAUAAAGAUUGAAGAACUCCCUGAAGUAGAGAGAGCAUUUGUUCACCUUGAUUAUGAAUGUGACCACAAGCCAGAGCAUUCUAUUUUAGUUAGACUCCCCAAUAGCCAGCCUUAAUUUGAACCUUUUCUUAGGAACUCCCUAUUUUUCCAUUGUUUUCUUUUUAGCCUUUUCAGUAGUUAGGUGUACAAUGGAGAAGGUAAGUUUCUUUUAGAUUAGAAAGGAAGAAAGAUUGUAUGAGACCAAAGUGGUUGUCUUCCAUGGGUUUUGAAGAAUUAUAUAUGAAAAUCAAUGAAGAAGUUAAGACUUAAAACGUUUGC